AACCGCAGACGUUGACAAUUAAUAAUUUUCGUCCUAAGGUGUACUAGUAGCUAAGCAAAUGUUAGAUUGCAGCCAUUUUUGUUCGAUAUUUUCGAGGCAUCGUAAGAAUAAGGACUACACGAACUGGGUUGACUGAAUUGCUUUCUUUCCAUAUCUUAUUAAUAAUAACACAACACAGAUUUUCAUUCCAUUCAUUGGCAGAGAUUAUUUACGUUUCACACAGUGAAAUUUGUGCAAUUUUUAAUUUUUGUGUCCCAAGAGAAUGGGUUAUAUUCUGGCUGGGUAUUCUCCAUUCAGUUCUUUAUAUACAGCGUUAAUAAAAAAGCUAUUCUAAUUUAUUCUGAAUGGAUCACUGCGUAUCGUCGUUGAGUGUAUUGUGUUAUGAUUGGUGCUGUAACGAAUAUUCAUCGUUAUUGGUAGAAUUGGUACACAAACUUCAGGAAGUACGAAAAUACAAACUGAAUUGCAUAUAGUUUAAGGAGAGUUCAGUGAAUUAAGUUGUAAUAUAGACAAAAUAUUGAGACUGACCUGUAUGCCAUUUAGGCUUGUAUGUUUAUAUCCGAAAGAACUAUGUAUGUGGCGGUACGGGUUGUGGUGUGGUAUAGUGUCGACGGGAACAGCUGAAGGCAUUGCGGAAAGUUAUGUCUGUUAUAUACGUAUUGAGGCAGAAAUAUAAGAGGAAAAGUUUCUUGGGGAGGACGUAUAUGGUAAUACCGGGAUUGUCUUCAGCGGCUUCAGCGUCCUGCUGAGUGAUCCAGGAACUGCAACUUUUCUCUCUACACAUCGCUUGUGUAUGUUGAGUCGAAGUUCCCAUCUUGGCUGUAAAACCCUAUUCGGUAUUUUGCUAUUGUAUGUUACAGUCCAUGUGCCAAAUAGUUAUUUUUACUAAAGACGUGCCCAUUUGAUAUUUUUAUUGUCUGUAAAAUGUGUUGUAAUACAUAUACAUGCUUGGACAUCAACUCACAGCUGUUAAUCAAAGUUCAUAAUCGUUCCUAUCUUUGCAGUGAAUUUUAAGUCACCAGCCAAGAGUUGUGUCAUCCUGUGUGUAAUAUUUGUCUCAGCAAAUGAUGUCAAAGUUCGUACAGUUUUAUCUCGUUUACGUCUCUCCAUGACGAUACCGAGAAACCUCUGAUAACCCUUGUGUUUUUGUUUCCAUCCUUGUCAGUAUAAGAUACCAGAUGUGAUUAACAGUGUACAUAGUCUAUAAGGAUUUUUAUAUCAGUCAUUGCAUAGCAGCUGAAUGAUAGGAAUUUGUUCUUCAGGAUUUAACAUUUUAGUUCAUGCUUUUACAAGUUUCACGGAUAUAUAAAGAUGGUGAUUGACAGAUUUUACCGAAAGCCUGGCCUUAGCUUUGCGGCUACUGCAACAAAAUUGAGACAAUUAAGGCAGCAUACCCCACUGGUGAAAGGCUUAGAGACAGAAUUAUGUUUCAAUAUAGAGACCACAUCUACAUUCUCAGAUUCUGAGUUGGAGAAGAUUCGGUGGAUACUUGGUUCUCCUCUGGAACCAGAGAACCUUACAACAGAAUCAAACCUACAUGGAGUGUAUCGUGGGAGCUUACUUAUUGAGAUAGGACCAAGGUUAAACUUCUCAACUGCCUUCUCAAGUAAUGCUGUUUCAAUAUGUAACUCCAUUGGUUUGAAUAUGGUGAAAAGGCUAGAAGUUUCGACUAGGUACCUGAUCCGCUGGGAACAAGAUGGGCUUGCUAUCAGUCCAGGGCUGGAGGAAGAGUUGACAGGAUUACUGCAUGAUCGCAUGACACAGACUCGCUACUUUACACCUAUCGAGAGCUUUGCACUGCACUUAACUCCAGAAGAUUGGUAUGAAGUUGAUGUGCUGUCUGCUGGAAGAAAGGCACUGGAGGAUGUGAAUUCUCAUCUAGGCUUGGCAUUUGAUGAUUGGGAUCUUGACUUUUAUACAGACCUGUUCAAAAAUAAGUUAAAACGUAAUCCAACUAGCGUGGAGUGCUUUGAUCUAGCCCAAUCAAACAGUGAACACAGCAGGCACUGGUUCUUCAAGGGUCGAAUGGUGAUAAAUGGGAAGGAACAACCGAAAUCACUGAUAGACCUGAUCAUCAACACUCAGAAUUCUACCAACCCAAAUAAUGUCAUCAAGUUCAAUGACAACAGCAGUGCCAUUGAGGGUUACAAAGUUAAACAUCUGCGUCCCAGUGACUCAAAAGAGGCCAGCAAAUUUAAAGUGUUUGAGAGCAAGUCACACCUCAUCUUUACUGCUGAAACACAUAAUUUUCCAACUGGUGUUGCUCCAUUCAGUGGAGCAACGACAGGAACUGGUGGCAGGAUCAGGGAUGUCCAUGCUGUUGGUAGGGGAGGCCAUUGUAUAGCAGGCACAGCUGGCUACUGUGUAGGAAAUCUACUUAUGUCAGAUUAUGAACUACCAUGGGAAGAUCCAUCUCUAGAUUAUCCAGGUAACUUCGCUUCUCCUCUGGAAGUUCUAAUAGAAGCAAGUAAUGGUGCAUCAGAUUAUGGAAAUAAAUUUGGAGAACCUGUUAUAUCUGGAUUUGCUCGAUCAUUCGGUCUGCUGGAACCGUCUGGAGAUCGUCGGGAAUGGAUUAAACCUAUCAUGUUCAGUGGUGGUAUUGGGUCUCUGGAUGAAAAUAUGGUGAAGAAGCUGAGACCAGAGAAAGGUAUGCAAGUGGUGAAAUUGGGAGGUCCAGUGUACCGCAUUGGAGUUGGUGGAGGUUCAGCAAGCUCAAUAGAGGUGCAGGGUGAUAACAAGUCAGAACUGGAUUUUGGUGCAGUGCAAAGAGGUGAUGCUGAGAUGGAGCAGAAACUGAACCGUGUUAUUAGAGCUUGUUUAGAAAGAGGAAGUGGCAACCCGAUCUGUAGUAUUCAUGACCAGGGAGCUGGUGGCAAUGGAAAUGUAUUGAAGGAGUUAGUGGAGCCUUCUGGAGCAGUGAUUUUCACUCGCAAGUUCCAACUGGGAGACCCCACAAUUGGAACUCUUGAACUUUGGGGUGCAGAGUAUCAAGAGAGUGAUGCUAUGCUAUGCUGCGAUGAUGAUGUUGCAUUGUUAAAGCAAAUUGGAGAUCGAGAGAGGUGUCCCAUCAACUUUGUUGGCACAGUCCUUGACAAUGGGAAGGUGGUUCUUUCUGAAGAAGAAGAAAUGGAUGUCACACAGUAUUUGAAUGGUUCCUAUGAACAAAAAAAUAUAAGACAUCCUGUUGACCUGGAGCUGGAACUGGUUCUUGGAAAAAUGCCACAGAAGGUGUUCCACCUGGACCGCAAGCCAGCAAUAGUAAAGUCACUGAGUUUGCCAGCUGAUCUGACUGUGAAGCUGGCUCUGGGACAUGUGCUGCGACUCCCGUCUGUUGCCAGUAAGCGCUACCUGACCAAUAAGGUGGAUCGCUGUGUUACUGGCCUCAUUGCCCAGCAACAGUGUGUUGGACCACUUCAUACUCCGCUGGCUGACGUGGCUGUUACUGCUCUGACACACUUUAGUUCUGAAGGAAUUGCUAUGGCUGUAGGAGAACAGCCAAUCAAAGGUUUGGUUGAUGCACCAGUAGGUGCAAGGAUGGCUGUUGCAGAAUCUAUCACUAAUCUGGUCUUUGCCAGGAUAUCUGACAUACAGGAUGUAAAAUGCAGUGGGAACUGGAUGUGGGCAGCUAAGCUACCAGGAGAAGGGGCAGCUUUAUAUGAUGCUUGCACUGCCAUGUGCAAAGCGAUGUCAGAAUUGGGUAUAGCAGUUGAUGGUGGAAAGGACUCCUUGAGUAUGGCUGCCAGGGUUAAUGGUGACAUCGUCAAGGCACCUGGUGCUUUGGUGAUUUCCACAUAUGCCCCAUGCCCCAACAUUAAGCAGGUGGUGACACCUGACCUGAAAGGCCCCUCGAGAGGGCUGACAGGAAUUCUUCUUCUCGUAGAUCUGUCUGGAGGAAAAAAUCGGCUGGGGGGCACAGCCCUUGCUCAGUGUUUCAGACAGCUUGGAGAUGAUGUGCCUGAUCUUGACCAGCCAUGCCUGCUCAAACAAGCCUUCAUUGCUACUCAAAAACUGAUAAGAGCAAGCAAAGUGAUGGCUGGCCAUGAUAUCAGUGACGGAGGUCUCAUUACUUGUCUGCUGGAGAUGGCAUUUGCAGGAAUAAGUGGUAUCAAGAUCAGCAUUGAUCAUAAGGAAGGCAAGGCUUUGGAUAUUCUGUUUGCUGAAGAAUUGGGGUGGAUAUUGGAAGUGGAUUCAAAAGACAUCGACUUUACAAAUACAACUUUUAAAGCAUAUGAUGUUCCUGUAUAUGUUAUUGGAGAAUCGACUACCUUCGGAAUACAGUCGCUAGUGACCGUCUCUGUGAAUGGCACCCUAGCAUUGAACAGUGACUUGCUUUCACUGUACCAUAUGUGGGAAGAGACUAGUUAUCGACUUGAGCUCCGGCAAGCUAAUCCUGACUGUGUCAGGAGGGAGUUUGAAUCUCUUGGUAAUCGCAAAGCUCCUGCAUAUAGACUAACUUUUGAUCCACAGAAGUCACACGGACCUGCUAAGCCAUUAUCAUCUUCUCCUCGUGUAGCAGUUAUCAGAGAAGAAGGUUCCAAUGGUGACAGAGAGAUGGCAGCAUCUCUUUUCAGUGUAGGUUUUGAAGUUUGGGAUGUGACAAUGCAAGAUCUUCUGAACAAGCAAGUUACAUCUGAUGAUUUCCAAGGAAUCAUUUUCCCUGGAGGAUUCAGCUAUGCAGAUGUGCUUGGGUCUGCAAAAGGCUGGGCAGCAAGCCUGCUGUUCCAUCCAUCACUGAGAAAUCAAUUUCAAGCAUUUUUGAACAGAACAAACACUUUCAGCCUUGGAGUAUGCAAUGGUUGCCAACUCAUGAGUUUGCUAGGGUGGAUAGGGUUGAAAUCACAAGAAGAGAGUGCAGCAUCAAAGGAACUGCUUGUACCUGAUGUUGUGCUCGAACACAAUUUGUCAGAGAGGUUUGAAUGUCGAUUCAGCACAGUCCGCAUUGAAAGAAGUCCAUCAGUUAUGCUCCAGGGAAUGGAGGGAUGUAUACUUGGAGUCUGGAUUGCACAUGGAGAAGGUCGCUUCACAUUCCGUAAUGAAAAUGUGCUUGCAAGCUUAGACCAGAAAUGCUGUCUUGCCAUCAAGUAUGUGGAUGAUGACGGAAAGCCAACACAGACAUAUCCGCUUAAUCCUAAUGGCAGUCCUUGUGGUAUUGCUGGAAUAUGCUCUGAAGAUGGCCGUCAUCUGGCCAUGAUGCCCCACCCAGAGCGUUGCACACAGCUAUGGCAGUGGCCCUGGAUGCCAGCUAGUUGGUAUAACAAGUAUACUGUAUCGCCGUGGUUACGUGUCUUUGAAAAUGCCUUCAACUGGUGUGUUAUGAAUACAUCAUAACAUGUGGGACAGUUCUGAGGCAUUUUAUGUUGUCUCUCUCUUAUGUUAUUUAUGUCACAUGAUGAAAUUGGGAGGACCAUGAAGGAAGUUUGAGUGUGAAGAACAUCUAAAUAAGUCGAUAAUCAAUCAUGAUAAGCCACCUGCCCAUAGUUUUUGUGGCCUGUCUCUGAUGUGUAACUUCGGCUUUUGGAGUUUAGACACAUUAUAUGUUGAGGCUGUUUCGUUGUUGUGGCCUACAUUGCAGUUUGCCAUCUUGAAGGAUUCUCAUAUUCAUAUUACCUGCUCUGAAAGUGUUGGAUGACCCCGCAGUUGAAUUUGUCAGAUUAAUGAAUGAUGAUCAGACUCCAGACAUUUGAAUCUGUUAGAUUAUCUUAUCAUUUGAGUCUCUGAAGUUAUUGCAUCAGAGAAUUUCAAAUGUAUGGCUUCUGAUAUCACAACAUCUAAUGAGCCAUCAAGCAAUGGUAAAGAUGAGUUUAAGCUUUAAUCUGAGAAAAAUGGGGUCAUAUUCAACACUGAUAAAGAAUAUGGUUGAAUUAUACACAAAAUGCCUAUUUUUAGCACUCAGAAUGGAAAAUUGUUCUGUACGUAACAAAUCUGCUGAACUUAAUAAAUAUUUCUGUAUGAAUAUUUUGAUAUGUUUUACACAAUUUAUGUGAGAUUCAUUUGAAUCCAUAGAGCUGUUCAUUUAUAUCGUCCUUUGAAAUAAACAUUUUUUGGUUGUCGCCAGAUAUAUGGCUGAAAUAUUCAGUUAAUAUUUCCCAGCCUGUUGAUGAUGCAAAUAAUAAAUAAUAAAAGCAAUAUUUCUGAAUCUCCUUUAUCAUAUUCUGUUUUUAAUAAUGUUGUAACAUUUCCAUCUGUUGUUCAAUUUAGUGGACACUCAUUUAUGACUGUAAUAUGUAUUGUGCAUUGAAUUUUUAUUUUGAUAGAUUGGUAAUGAUGUAGAAUUUUGUUGAAAUGUCAUUAAAUGUACAUGCUUCUGUAUAUCUGUUUGCUAGUAUUUCUGUAUGCUUCUAUCCAAUAAAUUUGUAAGUAUCCGGGGAGAGAUACAUUAUAUCUGACAUAAUGUGAACAAAUUUGAAAUGAGAUGCUGGCACCUCAUUGCAAAUGACUGGUUUGGUCCCACUGUAAUACAUGUGUGAUUUGUAGUAAGUAGAGAGUGUGUGUGAGGAAAAUUUUGUUUGAGUAUCAAAAUUGAUGACUUAUUGCCUUUAUAUCAGUUACACAUAAUAUUGUGACAUGUCUAACCUUUGCUGGGCAAUGGGAGGUGGAACGAAUUAUCACGAAGACAUAAACGGUCGGUUGCCAAGUCGUGCAACGGUGGAAACAAGGUUAUGCAACAGUAAGGAAAGUGGUGCUUCUCCGUGCCAUGCCUAGCCAAGCCAAAGCACGCUUGUUGCUACGCAGCAAUAAACAACUCUUUGUGGCAUUGCCAAGCACGGCAUCAUGCAACAGUGAAGCAAGCUAUGUUUUCUGCUGUCCAGCUGAGGGUUUAUAAGAGAGACUGGGAUGCCUAAGGAGUCAGUUGAAAUGUAGCAGCUGCUGAAGCCAGUUAGUAAUCAGAGUAUUUGGUGCACUCGCACCGCCUGCACUCGCCUGGUUCAUUUGUAACUAGUGGAUUGUGAAUGUGAAUGAGUUGAAAUGUAGCAGCCACUGAAGACAGUAUUUGGGGUAUUCAACAAGUAUUUGGAGUGAGUGCAAGACAACCGCAAGAAGAAGAAGAAUGGAACAUGUGUUAUACUGAAGAUAGUGUGAAGAGAUUUGUGAGUAGGGUUUGUAAAGUGUGUAAAUCUGCAAGAGUGUUAUAAUUGAUUCUAUUUAUGACUUGUACGUUGUUAAUAAAACCAAUUAACAAUCCAAACAGUGUCUUCAGUGGCAAAGCACUUUACAAUAUUAAUUUAAACUCAGAUAUGACAUCUAUAAAUACAGCAUGUUAAAAUAAAACCUUUAUUGCACUACAUGUUUUGGCAGCUCGCAUUCCAAUGUCAGGCAUGCUUCAUCAAAGCACUUUUGUGUGAAGUCUUACGAUUCUUAAUAUAAGAUAAAAUUAAAAAUACAUUAAUAAUUCAUAGAAUUCAUUCUUUACAUUUCAUAGCCAUUGAAUUCCUUAUUGCUCUUGUUUACAUAUAUUAUUGAAAAUUGCAUUUUCAAGCCAGAAGGUCGUGGAUUUGAUUCCUGAUAUCACUGGACUUUUCACUUGACCUAAUCCUUUCAACCUCACUAUGGCCCUGGGGUCAACUCAGCCUCUAACAGAAAUGAGUAUCAGAAAUUUUACUUGGGUGUAAAGAGUGGCUGGCAAGUAAGGCUGACAACCUUACCGCCAUCUGUGAGUAGAUUAGAUAUUGUGGGACCCUCAACGUCUCACAAGCAUAUGGGCUUCCAUGGCCUGCUACUGGGAUAGAUUUAUGUUUUACCAUAGGAAUUAAAUUAACACAAUGGUAACAGAAUUGUCAGUGAUUAAGCAACAAGUACUGAAGCCUUUACAUCAUGAAGGAAAGGAACAUACCCUACUGGAUCCCUUGGAAAGCUGAAGAAUUUUAAUUUCUUCUGUGUAUGUGUUGAAUGGCACCCCAGUGCAGAACAUUGUACUUUGUACUGCAAGAAGCAAUACAAAUAUUGUAACACAGUUUGUUCUGAUAUGUGACUCAUUCUGUAUCCAAUGGUUUGUGAAUAUACUUCUCAACCUGUA